AUGGCUACCGGCGCGGCUAGAAACGAAGACUUGAAGGCCAGCAAGCUCUUCAAUGUCGACCUCUACACUGCAGUAGUGACCGGAGGAGGCACUGGAAUUGGCCUCAUGAUCACUCAAACUCUGGUUGCCAAUGGAGCUCCUGUCUACAUUACUGGUAGACGCAAGGAAGCUCUCGACGCUGUUGUUGAAAAGUAUAGCACUGGUCCAGGUGAUAUCAUUGCUGUACCAGCAGACAUUAGCAAGAAAGAAGGCAUCCAGAGGCUUGUCAACAGAGUUGCAGACACGGAGGUGCGGGGAAUUCAGCUACUGGUCAACAACGCGGGCAUUGCCAGAGAUGACAACACCAAAUAUUCCAAUGGAAAGCCAGACUUCAAGUCUGCGCAAUCCAUCUCAGAUCAUCUGAUGAAAUCCGAUCCAGAAGCUUGGGCAGAGACUUUCUCAACAAACGUCUCGUCACAAUUCUUCGUCGCAGCAGCAUUCCUCCCACUGCUCGCAAGGGCUAACGGCUGCAUCCCAGACUUCACUCCAAGCAUUAUAAACAUUACAAGUAUCUCAGGGGUGAUGAAGGGGAGCUCAAAUGGGCAGUUUGCUUAUGCAUCCUCCAAGGCGGCAUUCUUGCACUUGACCAGGAUGAUGGCCACGACUUUCAUAGAGACUCAGGUCCGGGUAAACUCGAUCGCUCCAGGGGUGUUUCCUUCGGAGAUGACGACCGGCGGAUCUAACGAGCAUCAGAAGAGCUCUUUGGACAGUGAGGCUUCGAACCCGAGAGGACGCUAUGGCCAUGACACAGACAUGGGUGCUGCGGUACUUUUCCUCGCCGGCCCAGGAGGACAGUUUUUCAACGGGCAGGUGCUCUAUCCGGACGGAGGAAAUCUUUUGGUCUCUCCUGCCUGUACAUAA